ACUCAACUCGCCAUUUGGCCCCCUUGAGAUAGAAACAAUGACUCUCGAAACUGACGCCGUGGCAAGCGCAACAAUUGAACUCCUUGAAUCGCGCCUCCGCCGCCUCUCAUACCUCCUCACCGGCGACUGCCACUGGACUGGCGAACCCUCACUACCCUUAAAGCCUGAUAACCUCGACGAAACUGUCUCACGCCGUCUUCUCCGUCUCGAGAAGGACCUUGAGAGACUCAGCAGGAAUAUCCCGACUAUUUACGAUGUAAUCCAACUGCACGACCGCUUCCCCGACCUCUUCCACACCACACCUCCAGACACCCUCCCCGAAACUCUAACAACCCAAAACCUCGCCUCAAUUGUCCUCUCUUACGCCUCCGCCUUCCCCGAAACUGCCUCCCGUCUCACAUCCCUCAACGACCUCCCCAUCCCCGAUGCCUCGACAUCCGCCGCGUUGAUCCAGCUGCAACCGCAGAUUGAUCGCGUAUCGAAGGGCCAGGAUGAACAGGCAAAGGUAGUUUCGGACCUGAGAGUUAGGACUGCGAAGGCAUUGCAGAGGUGGUAUGAGGUCGGUCUUGUGGGGAGUGGGGAGUGUUGGGCUGAGUGGGAGGGGAGGCUGGAGGAUGUGGAGAGGGAAAUUCGGAGGGGGGAGGUAGGAAGAGUGAGGAGGGAAAAAGAGAUUUGAUUUUGUUUAUGGGGAGAAGGUUUUGAUAUUUGUUUUUUUAUCGGUUCUUUUAUAUGGAGUUAUGGAUACCCGGUUUGUUGUCUUUACAAAAUACAAGUACAUUUCUGAGGAACGGAGAAAUAACAAUGAUGCUCCGAGUUGGAUAAUUCACC